AUGGUGGAAGCCGAAGCAGAAGAGGAGAUUGUAGAAGUUCCCAUUGAAGUCGCGCAGGAGUACGUGACGGGUCUGGUGGGCUUCGCACCUCUUCAGUUAUCCGAUGACCUAUGGACUGAGUAUAUCGCCGAAGAAGUUGGAGGCCUUCAUGUACAGACUGAAGGUCAAGCUGCAGGGCCGUCAAAAUGCUCUUUUCAACAAGCUGGAUGUGAGUUUGCGGUGGAGAUUUUACUUGCUUCCUGCUAG